UGUACGAGGCCGCCCGCGCGCUCAUCGGCUACAUCACCCCAGAAUUCGACGAGAUACAGCGGGUCUCUGUGUGCCCGGGCGGGGCCGCCUCCGGCUACACCUACUUCCUGCCCAGGGAGGAGACGCUGGAGAGCCGGGUGGUGACGCGGGGCUACAUGGAGGCCAAGAUGGUGGUGGCGCUGGCGGGGCGCUGCGCCGAGCGGCUGGUGCUGGGGGAGGCCAACGUGUCCACUGCAGGGGCGGCGCACCUGCAGGCCGCCAACCUGAUCGCCCGGGAGAUGGUCUUCCGCUGCGGCUUCAGGUGUGGUACCAGCGGUACCACCAGCACCAGCAGG